AGCUUUUACUCAUUGCGGUUCCCUCUAACGCUAUCAUAUGCAGCUCUAAGGAAAAAAACAAAAAAACAACCUAGCCCUAGCCUAACAUCUUCCUGUAGACAUACAUGUGUGAGAGCAUGUGGAUAUCUCUCCUCCCCUUUCUCUCUCUCAAUUCAUCUCCUCUCCAUCCACUCUGCGGGAAGUGCAUCGGCCGAACCUGCUCUCACAGGGUCACUUUUGAUCUUCUCCUGCCAGGAAGCAUUAUUAAAGUGCACGACACCCUCUUCACGUCUGAGGAACUCAGCUGCGCCACUUUUCUCAGAGGUCACGCGGGCCUGGAGCUGGACUUGAGGCGGUUCUGGGACUGAGGUUGUAAAGUUACACUACUGGGAUUGGGUGGACACCCUUCUCUGGUUGGAGCUGGUGGAGAACAACUCAUAAUUCGUUGUGUUGAUUCGCAGAUUAUGAUGAACGCAACAUACAACACAAGCAACCCAUCAUGUGUGAUCAUGACCCAGGCAGCAGGUCACCUGCUGAUAUCUAUCUACAUCAUUGCCUUCAUCUUGGGGCUGCUGUUCAACCUGAUCACCAUCGGGCCCAUAAUUCAGCAGAUCUGCAGAAGGAACGUUCUAGGGAUCUACCUGCUCAGUUUGUCCUUCUCGGAUCUCCUGUACAUCCUCACCAUGCCUCUGUGGGUCUAUUAUUUCAACAACAACCACAAAUGGAACCUCGGCCAAGGACUCUGUAGUCUGGUUGGUUUCUUUUACUACUCCAACCUGUACAUCAGCAUCUAUCUCCUCUGCUGUAUCUCCAUCGAUCGCUGCCUGGCCAUCACCUUCCCGCUGAGAGUCCAAGUCUUCCGCCGGCAGCGCUAUGCCUGGAUCAUCUGUGGGCUGGUCUAUGUUUUCGUCAUGGCCUUGCACUCUUUGGUGCUGUACCUGGACAAGUUAUCGGAUCCACUGGAUGACGCUGAGCAAACGUGCUACGAGACCUUCCCCAUGACGGAACGCAUUGCGAUGUUCAACCUGAUACGGGUCGGAAUUGGUUUCCUCUUGCCUCUGGUGAUCAUCUCCGUCUGCUACUGGUUGAUCCCAACCAAGGUGCAGCAAAGCAGAGGGGUGGACGAUCGAGGCAAGCGCAAAGUGAAGAUUCUGUCUAUGGGGGUCAUUGGCAUUUUCUCCUUUUGCUUUGCGCCAUACCAUAUCCUCCUGAUGGUGAGGUCCAUCACCUUCUUUUAUUUGGGACAUGAACAAACCUGCAGUUUUGAACAAGCGAUGUAUUUGCCCUUCACUUGCUCCCUCGCACUAUCCAGCCUGAACAGUGUGGUGGACCCAGUGCUCUAUGUUUUGGCCAGUAAUGGAGUAAGGGAAGAUAUGAGGUUGUUCUGUUCGAAAAACAAGCAGACACAGGUGAGACGAAGCCAUCUUGUUGAGUCCCAAUGUAAGACAAGAGUAACCAACUUGGGUUAAAACCAACCUCAGAUCUUUGAAAACAGACUUGCAUUUGAUAGCGUACACACUGUUUUUGAACCCAUUCAGGAAUUUCACAAAUCAGUGACCAGCACAAACUCGCCCAAAUUGUUUGCAUUGACAGCAUGGGCACAAUCUUGUGGAUGUGUUCAUGUUGUUAAGUUGUGGAGGGUCCGGCAGGCUUUACAAUCUGGCGUGCUCCAGCACUGUGAUCCAGACACCUGAACUAACUUUUUGACAAAUAACUGCCACCGUGACUGCAAACCGCUUGCUUUUCUGCAGGUGGUAAUAGGCAAAUUGCACCAAGUUUUGGGAGUAAAGCGUAUCUACUGUAUAAUAAGCUUAAUUUACAUAGAAAACAAUGACUUGUACUGACAAUACUGAUGCUGCAGCACUUUUUAUUGCAUAUAGAGCCUAGUUAAACUGGAUUGUGGCUGUUUGAGAUGCUGUUUUUGUGCCGAAAUACUGUGUAUUACAAAAGUUAUUGUUUAGUGAAUUAGCCACUGUAUGACAGUGUCUAGUCAAGCCCAAUUCAUUUGUCCAAGUCAUGACAGAGACCAGAAGAGGGUCAAAUCCAAGUCAAGGACAAGUUCACACGCUCCUGAGUUCAUGACCAAGACCAUGAAAAUAUGCUUUUAGUCUGAGUCUAAGACCAUAUUUUUAUGGUUUUGCCCUUGUUCCUCAAAUCCGAGUCCAAGGCUAUGUUUUUAUUGUUUUGGUAUUGGUAUUGGUCUUGGUCAUCAGGUACGAGUCCAAGACCAUAUUUUUGGCAUUGGUCUUUGAAUCUGAGUCUAAGAAUAUAUUUUCAUAAUUUUGGUCUUGGUCCUAGAGUCCACAAACAUAUUUUCAUGGCUUUUGCUUUGUUCCUUGAAUCCAAGUCCAAGUCCAAGACUAUAUUUUCAUGGUUUUGGUAUUGGUCUUGGUCCUCAAAAACAAGCCAAAGACCAUAUUUAAAUUUUUGAAUCUGAGUCUAAGAACAUAUUUGCAUCUUGGUCCUUGAGUCCAAGUCCAAGAUUAUAUUUUCAUGGUUUUGGUUUGGUCCUUGAGUCCAAGUCCAAGAUCAUUUAUUCAUGGUUUUGAUCUUUGUCCUCAAGACUGAUUUUGUUCUUGCCAUGGACUCAGGAGCAUGUGGAUAGAUUAAUUCCUCUUCUGGUCUUUCUCCUGGAUUAAACUCCACCCUCUCCUGAUCUUGAUCUUCUGGUCUUGAAUCUCAAAUUUGGUCUUGCCUACAGCAUGGAUAUGUGCAGGCUUUUGUACUCAGACUCCAUUAUGUCUACUUGUGUGAACAAAAUAUGAAUUAUUACUUUGUUGUUUUAUCUGAGCUGUGAUAUAUUUAUCUGUGUCUUUACAAACAUCGAGAGGAUGUUUACAAAUUACGGAUUUGCAGCGUAACAGGACCAGUAUCCCUGUCUUUGAAGGAGCCUUGAAUCACUUGAACUUUCUAUGUGAGAGCCAUACUCAGACCAAGUGUUGUUAUUGUGGGAUAAAGCAUCACUUGUUUGUCUUUGUUUAAUUCACAGACGAUUCCCUGUAACUUACCGUUAAACUAGAUUUAGCCGUUAAAGAUUUAAUCUGGAUGUUAAAAACAACUUGUUGCAAUGUAAGCAAUUUCAAUGCACAGCAUGUUGCUACUCUCUACGUUUUCUCUCAUGUAACAUUACUGCAAAAUAAACAGUGCAUUACGAAAUAAAAUAAAUGUUCUCAUUCUGACAGUUAUGCCACAUUUAGGGAAGUGAUGCUUCCGUUACAGCUCUUUAAACGGAGGUAAAAUGAUUAGUGUUUUAUUCAAUAGGUGGGAACAUCUACUUUCAGUGUAAUCAUGCUGGUUUCUGAAGUGAGAGCAACCCAUAUGACACCAGCAAGUGUUCGAGAGGGCUGAUGAGGAGCAACGUUUGCGUAGCAUCUCUAACAGGUAUCGCCCACAAUAAACUUUGUACAGCUUUGUUCACCCACCUUCCGCUAGAAUGAUUGCCUCUAUAGAUGAGUGGCUCUCAUGUGACUGCAGUCUUCUGUAAGUCUGUGAAUGAGAGUGGCCUUCUGCUCUACUGUAAAAUGCCACAGACCAUCUGAAUGGAGUGAUUUUGGAGUGUGAGUGAAGCAAUGAAUUGCAGCUUUGAGUACCUGAUCUGCAGUCUGAAUGGUUUAAAUGACUGCUCACUUUCACCUAUCGCACCAGACGCUGUGCCAUUCAGGGAAGAUGGAAAUGGGAUGCCAUAUGGUGUUAGAAUUUACUUGUUUGUGCUGUCAUCCGUCUAUAUGGGCCAGAAAAUUUCUGCGAGGUUCACUUAAGGAAAGAAAGCCACAUUCUUUCAUCAUAAUAACGGUAUUGCAUCUCAAUAGAACUAAUGCAAGCUAUUCUGCAUUACACAAUGAAGCUGCCGAUGAGGUCUCGCCGCAACAGGAAGUCUGGAGGGAUUUAGACGAGAACAGCACAGAACACUGUGUCUGCUUUUCUCUGCUCGAGCAAUUGAUUUGCACCUUCCUGAAUGCAGACAACAGAUGGAGGUGAGAGAGCAUGUUCAUGUAGGAGGCACAACCUGGCAUUGCAUCAAAAUGCAGAUAAUUGAUUUUGUUUAACUAAGUACCUAAGGAGUGAAUCUCACGAAAACAUGUCCGGGACACGUUUCACACCAAAAUCAAUGAAGAAUAGGACCUUGUAUGUAUAUACUAUUGUUAAUAGCAUUGGGCUAGGUCGGUAUUGGGCUCAUUCAUUUUAUUAAAUAUAGUAAUGCUGCACAGUAUUUUUUGCAAUUGCUGCUGUUUUCAAACAAGUGUUGAUUUGAGAAAAUCAUAAUGA